UUUCACUAGCGACUGAAAAGAUUCUGAAUGGGCACUCCGGCAAGAUCAACACAGACACUUGCUGUGACAUGCAGCCUCGUGAGGCACUUCCGGACUUUUAAAAUGAAAGCGAGACUUUUGUUUUGGAAAUCGUGACUACUGGUGGCUUCCGGUAGCGGGUGUCGAGUGCUCGUCUCCUCGGAGAGAAGUUGGAGUGUAAAGCUCGGCUGGUGCUGAUUGUAGAGGAGCUCGGGUUGAUUUCUGCACAGACAUGGGCUUCAGGAAGAAGAACAAAAGUCCUCCGCUUCUGAGCCACGAGUUUGUGAUCCAGAACCACGCAGAUAUGGUUUCCUGUGUGGCCAUGAUCAUCCUGCUGGGGCUCAUGUUCGAGGUUACGGCGAAGUUCGCCAUCAUGUUCAUCACCGUGCAGUACAACGUCACUCAGACAUCAGAGGAGAAGGCGGAGCCGGUGAACGUGUAUCAGUACGGCCCCAGAGACAUCGCCACCGUCUUCUUCUACCUGCUCAUCGCCAUCAUCCUCCACGCUCUCAUCCAGGAGUACGUACUCGACAAAAUAAAUCGGCGGCUGCACUUGUCAAAAACGAAGCACAGCAAGUUUAACGAGUCGGGCCAGCUGGCGGCGUUUUACUUCUCGUCGUUCGUGUGGGGCUGCAGCAUCCUGACAGCGGAGGAGUUUGUGACCAAUCCGACAUUCCUGUGGGAAGGUUAUCCUCACACACACAUGGCUUUUCAGGUGAAGUUCUUCUACAUCUGUCAGAUGGCGUACUGGUUCCACGCCCUGCCAGAACUUUACUUCCAGAAAGUCCGAAAGGAAGAUAUUCCUCGCCAGCUUUACUACAUUUGCCUUUACAUCUUCCACAUCACCGGUGCCUACGUCCUCAAUCUGCACCGUUUAGGUUUGGUUCUCCUGGUUCCACACUACCUGGUGGAGCUGCUGUUCCACGCGUCUCGUCUCUUCUACUUCAGCAACGAGAACAAGCAGAAAGGGUUCACGCUGUGGGCUCUGCUCUUUGUCGUCGCCCGUCUCCUGACCCUCACUCUGUCGGUGCUGACGUUUGGUUUCGGACUCUCCCGUACCGAUAAUCAGGGCUUUUCUCUGGCUGAGGGAAACUUCAACGUUCUCACUGUGAGGAUGACGUGUCUCUCAGCCAUUUGCUUGACCCAGGCCUGGAUGAUGUGGAAGUUCAUCAACUUCCAGCUGAAGAAGUGGAGGGAGCAGACGCAGGUCCAGAGCAGCAAGAAGAAGACCGUCAGCCCCAAGAGCAAACCUGGCAAGAAGGAGUCCUCUCGGGGAGGCUCCGUCAACGGCGUGAUGAAAGCAGAGGACAAAACAUCACCACGAGCCAAAAAAUCCAAGACCUCAUAGAGCAGCGCAGAUUGUCAACGAUGGGUUUCUUCUCUUUCUUAACUCCAGCUGUAGAAAGAAAAGUUUCAUACUGUCUCCUGAAAGAAGCGUUGAAUCUCGGACACCUUCUAACUGUCCAGCAUGGUGUGAGGGGUUUUUGUUUUUUUUUUGGUCUGGAUUUGUUGCAGUUCCUUAAAAUUCUGUACGUUUUAACGAAUUAGUUGAUUGGUCCUGGUGUUUGAGAAGGUGAAAAAAGUUUGGGACUGAAGAAGGGAUGAAGGAAAAGUUCUGGUUUGUGCACCGAGUGAUUUAUUUGAUGAUUGGUGUUCCCCAGGGGUGUAUAUUAAGACCACUUUUUUCCCCUCUCUAUCCUUCAGGGCUUGAUGAGGUUCUUUGAAAAUGAGUAGUCCGUCUCAUCCUCAGCAUCAGUCACUGUGUCUCUGUGUCUGCAGAGGCUUUAUAAAAAGUGUCCUUUCUGCCGGUUUGUUUGAGUCUUUAUGGAUAAACUUCUGUUCAGAAAAAGAAUCUGCGCAAAAUGAGAGCUUUCUGUUUUUUUUCUUUUUUUUCUUCUCCAGAACUUCAGUCAUGUAAUUCCAGAUUGCUUUAUUUAAAGACUUUUUUUUUGUUUGUUUGUUUUGUUGUUUUUAAUAUCAUGACUGGCUGAUGUAAGAGCUCCCCCUAGAGGCCUGGAGGACACAAUUCCUCACCCUUUUCCAUUUGAACUUACUUUUUAUUUCUUUUAAGUUUAUUAUUAUUUUAUGCUGUUUGCAAGCAUGGUAGGUUUAAAAUAAUGCAUUAAUUUGUUUUCGUUUCAAGGUCACGUGAUGCAGAAUAAGAACAUGGCCUUUCGUAGCACUUUUCCAUCACACAGUGGAGUUCGGGAACAAACCCACCUUCCCCCACACACCUCCUUCUGUUCACUUCUCUUAGUGAAAGUAGGCAUGUGGGCGGGGCCAGAACCUGAUUGGUCAAACAUGAUAGAGGCAGAAUUGUCCUGAUUAAUGUUUGUCGUCGCAGUGAUCGUCAGUAGUGUUGUGAAAGUUUCAAGUCUUUCUGAUAAAACUCCAUUUUAAAGUUAAACCCAAUUCAGAAUGGCUUGUUCACUCUGUGCUCACUACUUGGUGCACUUCAGCACCAUUUUGUUGGACCCCAUGCACCCAAUAAUACAGUUUUAAUUACUACAGAAAAAUGCCUAAUUCUGGAUAUGUACCUUUUUUUUUUUUUAAUGAAAUUUGGCAAACGGCGAGAAGUGUGAAAGUAUUGGCACCCCAGUGUGUUUUGAAUCUCUUACUGUAAAGGAAAUAAACAUGUCAGAUUUUUAUCCAUUUACAGUUACAUUUAACAUUGUCAACAAAACAAGUUCGUUGUUUUCUUUCUCUCUCUGUGGUGGAAACGUGCUCAAGUGCAACAGAGUGGAUUUGAUUUAAUAUGCUAAUGUCCUUGACUUACUUUCUGUCCUCUCCAGCUUGAGUGUUUUUUUUAUUUAUAUAAAUAUUAAUUUAUUUUAAUUUUUUAUUCCAUUUAUGAAAGUGUUCUCCUCCGGUUUCUAAAACGAUACAAUCUUCUCUCAAGUGUCCUUAAGCUAAUACGCGGUGGGUGGCUUUGGCAUUUUCAUUCACAAUGAACGGCUGUCUGGGUGUUUUUCUUUCUGGAGCUGUGUGUGUGCACGUGCAUUUGUGCAUGUUUAUGGGUUGUGAAUGCAUGAAUCAUUUUGCACCUUGAUUUGUUUGAAAGGAAAAAAAAAGAAAUGCGAUCGGGCAUGUAUGUGGUUAAGUUUCUGGUUUUGACUCUUUGUACCAAAUGAGUGAGUGAGUGUGUGUGUGUGAGAGAGAGAGAGAGAGAGAGAGCCAUGAUGAAGCUAUUCUCAUUCUGAUUUUUUUUUUUUUGAGUGUAUAUAAUCUCUCUCUCUCAUCCGUCCAAUACUGUACUUUUCUGAAUUGCCAAAUCGUGUAAAAGCGAGCUCUUGUUCUUUCCUGGUGAUCGUGACGUCGCCGUUUCGUCUGUUUUCACCUCACACCUCAUUCAGGACGCGUCUCUGUACUGCUUUUUUUUUUUUUUUUAAUUUUUCAUUAUAACUUAAUUUUGAGUAGCUGGUUUUCUGCUGCUGAGGAAAGAAAACAUUCAUUAUUCAUAAUGGGGGGAGAUUAUUUAAAAAUAAACAAAAAAUACAAAUUAAUGAACUAAAAAAAUUUUACAGAGUGGAUUUGAUUUAAUAUGCUAAUAUCCUUGACUGACUUUCUGUCCUUUUAAUUUUAACUUUUAGUGCAUUUUGCUCCAUGCCUGUAAUUCCAAUACAAAAUAAUUUAAUAAUGUAUUAAAAUAAAAUAGUUUUAAAAGUGCAAUGACGGCACAGGAGGAAAAGGCAAUUAAAUUGUGGGGGUUUUUUUGAGAAGUGUUCUACUUUUAAAUAAAUAAAAUUUGCAGACUUUAGGGUAUGUUUGAAGGUGACACCAAAAGUAUUGGUACCCAUAAUCACUUAAUUUUGCUCAUCACAUGUGGUUGUUUAUUAUUAAUAAUAUUAUUUUCUUUAGUGCAUUUUUUUUUUUUUCCUCUCAAAAACAAUUAUUGACCGGUCUCCUCUUGUAACGUUUUAUUUAAAAAAAUAUUUUCGAAAUUUGCUUAAGAUGUGUAUAACCUGAUUGCUGACUCCUGAAUUCUAGAGCUGCAGCAUUGAAGAAAGUCUUUUAAACUUUUCUAUAACGCGUCACAUCAUUGUUACCAGUGGAUGAGGUUCGGGUUUUGUUUUUUUGUGUGUGUGUCGUUGUCGUAGAAACACCAGCAUCACUGAAACGCCACUUCUUACCAUUUCUGCCUUCAUGUGGCGACGUCUCAGGAGGGAAGGAGCAAAGUCGAACUUUUCUUUCUUUUUUUUUUCUUUAUAACGUUUGUACCGUCGACCUCGUCGCUGCCUGAUGCGCGAUCAGAUGUUGUGUAGAUGAUUAUAUUGAGACACUGUUCCGAGUUCUUGUUAGAUUUUUAAACUAUUUUUAUAGAGCUGAAAAACGACUGUAGAGAGAUUAAUCUUUAUUUAGCACACCUUAUUUUUUUAUGCCUCGUUGAUUUUCUGAGUUUUAUUUUUGUACUGCAGGAGGCGGAGCUUUCUACCUUACAGGUGCAGGGUCCAAAACCUGAUGGGAGGGGGGAGGAAAACAACAACAACAACAAAGUUCCCCAUGUGCUGCCGAGAGGGUAGAAAAGCUCAGGCUUUAAAUGAAGAGUGGAUUUAUUUUCAGUGUGUUGUGUAUUAUGAGUGUGUGUUUGUUUCCUUGACGCUUUUCCUUCUGCUUAAUUAUUCUGAUUCAUUUCCAGUGUUUGUUUGUUUGUUUGUUUUCUGAUUAUGCAAGAGGUGCUAAAAUGCUGUUUGGUUGUUAAUCGUCGUGUUUUUAAACUCCUCUUUGCCUGUAAUCGUUGAUCUUGUGAAUGAUUUCAGCGUGUAGUGAGUUUGUGUUUUACGCAGCAGAACAAAAACGUCUGUUUUUCCGGAUCACCUUCUGUCUAUUUGAGUACCGUAUUUUCUGGAUUAUAAGACUCCUCUAUAAAAAUUAUGUUGGAUUAGAGAAAUCAACAUGCCAUGUGAUAUAUAAAUAUUAAAGUUUCAUUUCUCAUCAUUAUCCAUACGACUACUGUGACAUUUUAUCCAAUAAUAUCGUUUUGUUUUGUUUUUUCAAAGUGUCCAAUAGUCUGGAAAAUACGGUACGAAAAGCAAAAAAAUCCUCUGAGAAGACUUUGAUUAACUUGUUGCACCAAAGCUUUUUUUUUUCUUCUUAAAUACACGCGUCACAAGCAGACAAACCUUAAAAAAAAUCGCAUAAAUGCACUGUUCUUAAUUUUACUUUUCAGAUGCUCAUCUGUAUGUUGUAUUGCUUUUAUAUAAAAGUUGUUCUUGAUCUAUGUAUUUAUGCAAAUCUUCUGUGAUUCUGUUUACUUGUU